AUGACAUCCACUGUAAGGACCAGCUACACCUUGAUUCCCAACCGCAAAUACAGGCGCAGUAACCGUCGUUCCAAACAGCACUGCAACACCUUGGACACAGAUUCCCAAUCUCUGUCAACACUUGGAUUUUUUAAAACACUGCCAUUAGAGAUCUUUCAAAUGGUAUUGGAUUAUCUCUCAGUGAAGGACAUCAGCAUGCUGAGCAUGGUGUCGAAAACCAUCAGCAACCGCCUAAUUAAUUACAUCUCAACCCCAUCAGGAAACCGAAGGCUUUUAUUGCAAGACUUCCAUAACCUUGAGCUACCUGGAAAGAGAGAAGGAUCCAGUAUUUUAGAGCACUACAAAUCUCUAGGAUUGUUGCUUAAGAGAUGCACACUUCUUUUGCCUACAAAAGAUAGGCUAAAGUACAUACACAAGAUAUUCUCAGAAGUUUCCUGUUUUAAAUUUAAUGGCUGUCCAAGUCCUUUGCAUUGUUUAGGAUUACAGUGCUAUGGGAUAUUUUUGCAGAUCCUAACAGCAGGCUGGGAUGAACUAGAAUGUCACCGAGUUUUUAACUUCCUUUGUGAGCUGAGCAAUUUACCCCGUAAAGUACAGACAGUUGUCAGCAGCAGACCGGGAAGUGCCCGAAAGCUGGAGCUGCGGAUAAGGCUAUUCUGUCGCAGUGUUUUGUUGAACCACUGGAUUCAUCGAAGUGACUCUGCAUUUUGGUUGACUCGUAUUUUAAAGCCAUGGCCCAUGGUUAAUCAAGCUCGUUUGCUGUAUAUCAUCUUUGGGCCAGUGUCCUCUCUAGAUGGACAUGUGGUUUGGCAAAAAAUGAUAGAAGGACCAACAGACGAGACCAGUCUGAAAGGUCUGGCAGAUGCAAUUAAACUGCUGUACGACACAGAAGCUAGAGAAUGGACAGCAGACGAUGUCAUCAGUCUUGUGGAUGAGCUGUCAGUUGUUCCCCGGGAGUGGCUCAUGGAGAACAACGCUCGACUUCUCAUUCUGAGCGGAAACAACAUUUGCUUCACUUUCAUGGCUAGUAAAGCUGUGAACGGGAGAACCGUUGAGUUAGCGAGACUCAUAGUCUUCCUGGCUUUGGUCUGUGAGAAAGACCUGUAUUGCAUGGACUGGGCAGUAAAAAUGAUGCAGAAGGUCUGCAAAGUUUUCAGCACUCCAGGGGAAAGAAAUAACUUCCUGCAGAGUGUGGAGAAUGCCUUUGCUCACAUGAUCAUGGACAUGCUACAGGCAGUACUGUCUGGGGAUCGUGAUGAAGAGGACAGUAGCUUUUUGAACUUGUUUCAUCUCGUAAAUGCACAAGCUAAUUUCCAUAAAGAAGUCCUAUACCUGACCAUGAGAAGCAACGCCAUUUGA